GGUGAACGCUGUGGGCUAUGGGAUGGAUGAGGCGGAGCAGGACCAGCAUGAGGCCCGACUCAAGGAGCUGUUUGACAGUUUUGACACCACAGGCACCGGGUCCCUGGGACAGGAGGAACUCACCGACCUUUGCCACAUGUUGAGCUUGGAGGAGGUGGCCCCGGUGCUGCAAGAGACUCUGCUUCAGGACAACCUCUUGGGCAGGGUGCAUUUUGACCAGUUUAAAGAAGCAUUAAUCCUUAUCCUGUCUAGAACGCUAUCAAAUGAAGAACACUUUCAAGAACCAGCAUCUGUGGCUGUCAGCUGCCAACAAGUAGCUCGGGUGUCUGGGCCGCUCCUGAAUGCUCACAAGCUGACACAUUCUCUUCUGAUAAAAGACUGUACUCUGGAAGCUCAGCCCAAAUAUGUUAGAGGAGGGAAGCGUUAUGGACGGAGGUCCUUACCUGAAUUUCAAGAAUCCGUGGAGGAGUUUGCAGAGGUGACCGUGAUUGAGCCACUAGAUGAAGAAGCGAGACCUUCACGCGUCCCAGCCAGUGACCGCAGUGAGCACUGGAAGGCGCCGCGCAGCGAGGAGUACGAAGCAGAAGGCCAGUUAAGAUUUUGGAACCCAGAUGAUUUGAAUGCCUCCCAGAGUGGGUCUUCCCCUCCCCAAGACUGGAUAGAAGAGAAACUGCAGGAGGUUUGUGAAGACUUGGGGAUCACCCGCGAUGGUCACCUAAACCGAAAGAAGCUAGUCUCCAUCUGCGAGCAGUAUGGUUUGCAGAAUGUCGAUGGAGAGAUGUUUGAAGAAGUCUUCCAUAAUCUUGAUCCUGAUGGUACAAUGAGUGUAGAAGAUUUUUUCUAUGGCUUGUUCAAAAAUGGAAAAUCCCUUACACAGUCAGCAUCUACCCCAUAUAGACAAUUGAAAAGGCACCUCUCCAUGCAGUCUUUCGAUGAGAGUGGUCGACGGACCACAGCCCCAUCUGCGAUGACAGGCUCCAUCGGCUUUCGGGUCUUCUCCUGCCUGGAUGAUGGGAUGGGCUAUGCAUCAGUGGAGAGAAUCCUUGACACCUGGCAGGAAGAGGGCAUUGAGAACAGCCAGGAGAUCCUGAAGGCCUUGGAUUUCAGCCUUGAUGGAAAUGUCAAUUUGACAGAAUUGACACUGGCUCUUGAAAAUGAGCUUUUGGUGACGAAGAACAGCAUUCACCAGGCGGCUCUGGCCAGCUUUAGGGCUGAGAUCCGGCAUCUGCUAGAGCGAGUUGAUCAAGUGGUCAGAGAAAAAGAGAAGCUACGGUCAGAUCUGGACAAAGCCGAGAAGCUCAAGUCUCUAAUGGCCUCCGAGGUGGACGAUCACCACGCGGCCAUAGAGCGGCGGAACGAGUACAACCUCAGGAAACUGGAUGAAGAGUACAAGGAGCGAAUAGCAGCCUUGAAGAAUGAGCUCCGAAAGGAGAGAGAGCAGAUCCUGCAACAGGUGGGCAAGCAGCGUGUGGAACUCGAGCAGGAAAUUGAAAAGGCAAAAACAGAGGAGAACUACAUCCGGGACCGCCUGGCCCUCUCUUUAAAGGAAAACAGUCGUCUAGAAAAUGAGCUUCUGGAAAAUGCUGAAAAGUUGGCAGAGUACGAGACUCUGACAAACAAACUUCAGCGAAAUUUGGAAAACGUUUUGGCAGAAAAGUUUGGUGACCUUGAUCCCAGCAGUGCUGAAUUCUUUUUGCAAGAAGAAAGGCUGACACAGAUGAGAAAUGAGUAUGAGCAGCAGUGCAGGGUAUUACAAGACCAGGUAGAUGAACUCCAGUCUGAACUAGAAGAAUAUCGUACGCAAGGCAAAGUGUUCAGACUUCCCUUGAAGAACUCGCUGUCAGAAGAACUUGAUAUUAACAGUAGUUGCAUCGAGCCUGACCAGGGGCUUGGUUCUGAAGAAUGCAAUCCAUUGAAUAUGAGCAUCGAGGCGGAGCUGGUCAUUGAACAGAUGAAAGAGCAGCAUCACAGGGACUUGUGUCGCCUCAGACUGGAGCUUGAAGAUAAAGUGCACCACUAUGAAAAGCAGCUAGAUGAAACCAAGGUUGCCUGUGAAAAGGAGCGGGAGAACAUGAAGCAAAAGUAUGAGAAUGAAGUGCACACCUUGGAAAAACAAAUAAGUGACCUUAAAAAUGAAAUUGCAGAACUUCAGGGCCAGGCAGUGGUGCUCAAGGAGGCACAACAUAUGGCUGCCUGCACACUUGAGGAGGAGAAGAAACAACUGCAAAUGAAGUGGGAUGAGGAAAAGGCUCACCUGCAGGAGGAGCUGAGGCUGGAGCAUGAGAUGGAGCUCAAGGCUAGGCUGGCGCGGGCGGAGGAAAGCUUUAACGGAGAGAGGGAAAAAUUCAUUCAAAGUGGAGCCUGGACAGAGGAGAAGGUGAGAGGCUUGACUCAGGAACUAGAACAGUUUCACCAGGAGCAGCUCAAAAGCCUGGUGGAGAAGCACACUCUUGAGAAAGAGGAAUUGCAAAAAGAGCUCUUGGAAAAACACCAAAGGGAGCUCCGAGAGGGAAGGGAAAAAUUGGAAACUGAGUGUGAUAGAAGAACCUCUCAGAUAGAAGCCCAGUUUCAGGCUGACUGUCAGAAAGUCACUGAGAGAUGUGAAAAUGCUCUGCGAAGUCUGGAGGGGCAUUACCGCCAAGAGCUGAAGGAGCUCCUGGAACAGCAACGUGAGGAGAGGUCCCAGUGGGAGUUUGAGAAGGACGAGCUCUCCCAGGAGUGUGCAGAAGCCCAGGAGCAGCUUAAGGAGACUCUCCAAAGAGAGAAAGAAGCUUCUCUGGUCCUGACCCAAGAGAGAGAGAUGCUGGAGAAAACAUACAAAGAACAUCUGAAUAGCAUGGUUGUUGAGAGAGAGCAGCUACUCAGAGAUCUGGAAGAUCUAAGAAAUGUGUCUGAAAGUCAGCAAAGCCUACUGUCCAACCAGAUACUUGAGCUGAAGAGCAAUCAUGAAAGAGAGCUGAAGGACCGGGAGCAGGUCCUGUGCCAGGCAGGCGCCUCGGAGCAGCUGGUCAGCCAGAGGCUUGAAAGGCUAGAAAUGGAGCGUGACCAGGAGAGGCAAGAAAUGAUGUCCAAGCUUCUGGCCAUGGAGAGUGUCCACAAGGCGACCUGUGAGAAAGCUGAUCGAGAGAGGGCCGAGAUGAGCACAGAAAUCUCCAGGCUCCAGAAUAAAAUUAAAGAAAUGCAGCAGGUGGCAUCUCCUCCCUCCAGGCUUCAGAAUGGCUGCCAGGCAAUGGGAGGGGCGGAGGUGGCAGGAAGUGGAGCCCUGUCCCUGCUCCAGCAAGGAGAGCAGCUGUUGGAGGAGAAUGGAGAUGUCCUCUUAAGCCUGCAGAGAGCUCAUGAACGAGCAGUGAAAGAAAAUGUGAAAAUGGCUACUGAAAUUUCUAGGUUGCAACAGAGGCUGCAAAAAUUAGAGCCAGAGUCAGUAAUGGCUUCUUGUGUAGAUGAGCCAACUACUGGAUUUUUGGGAAAUUCUGUGGAACAAACAGAACCAUUUCUACUGCAAAACCGAAUGAAGCAAGUAGAAAGUGGAACCAUGCAGAGUGUCCUAAGUGACCUGCAAGGUGAUGAGGUCCAGGAUCUGGAAAGUACAGGGACGAGCUCUGGUCAGAAACAAGAGGUCAGAAUACAGGAGUCUGAAGCAUCAAUAGAGAGUUUUUCUGAGCUUGAAAAUAGUGAGGAGACCAGGACUGAGACCUGGGACCUGAAGAAUCAGGUUGGCCAGCUUCAGGAACAACUAAUGAUCUUACGUGCAGAUUGUGAGCGAGCUUCCGAAAAGAAGCAGGACCUACUUUUUGAUGUUUCUGUGCUAAAGAAGAAAUUAAAGGUGCUUGAGAGAAUCCCUGAAGCUUCUCCGAAGUAUAAACUGUUGUAUGAAGACGCUAGUAGAGAAAAUGAGUCUCUUCAGGAAGAGCUGAGAGUGAUGGAGACACGCUAUGAUGAGGCUCUAGAAAAUAACCAAGAACUCACUUCAGAAAUGUUCCGAUUACAGGAUGAGUUAAAGAAGGCUGAAGAAGUGACUGAAACAUUCCUUAGCCUGGAAAAGAGUUACAAUGAUGUCAAAAGAGAAAACGAGGAACUGCAUAUUCUGGUUCUGAAACUUCAAGGCAAGAUUGAGAAACUGCAAGAAAGAGCAGUGCUGCAGUGUGAUUGCUUCUCCUUAUGGGAAGCCCAUUUAGAUAACCUGGACGUCGAACCUGAUGAGCAGGUGCUUGAGCUAAAUCGGACACUGGGAGAGCACGCACCGAAGGUUAUGAAAGUACAUCGUAUUAUAGAAGAACGUUAUCAAGAAAACCAGUAUAUUGAGCAGGAGAAUACACAGCUCCUAGAUAAAGUAAAAGCACACAAAAUUGCCUGGCUCCAUGGAACACUCCGGACACAUCGAGAAAAGCCUGUAGUAGAGGACCAAGUUAUCCUGGAGGAAAACGCUGCUCUCUUAGGCCUUCAAGACAAAUAUUUUCAGCGCCAGGCCACAAUUGCAGAGUUAGAACUGGAGAAAAAAAAGCUGCAGGAGCUGACUAGAAAGUUGAGGGAAAGAGUCACUACUUUAGUUAAGCAAAAAGACAUGCCUUCUCAAGGAGAAAAGGAGGAGGAGCUGAAGGCAAUGAUGCAUGACCUGCAAAUCACGUGCAGUGAGAUGCAGCAAAAAGUUGAGCUUCUGAGAUAUGAAUCUGAGAAGCUUCAAGAGGAAAAUUCUAUUUUGAGAAAUGAAAUUACUACUUUAAAUGAAGAAGAUAGCAUUUCAAACCUGAAAUUAGGGAAAUUAAGUGGAUCUCAGGAAGAAAUGUGGCAAAAAAUAGAAACUGUAAAACAGGAAAAAGCUGCAGUUCAGAAGACGGUUGAAAAUUUAAAGAAACAGAUUUCAGAAUUAAAAACCAAAAACCAACAGUUGGAUUUGGAAAAUACAGAGCUUAGCCAACAGAAUUCUCAAAAUCAGAAAGAACUGCAAGAACUUAAUCAACGUCUGGCAGAAAUGCUGUGCCAGAAAGAUGAAGAGCCAGGUCAGAGUACAUGUGAGGAGUGGGAACAAGAGAAGUCUAAUCUGAAAGAUGAACUGGAACACUGCAAAGUGCAGUCCUCCACUUUAGUGUCUUCUCUGGAGGCAGAACUUUCUGAAGUUAAAAUACAGACUCAUAUAGUGGAACAGGAAAACCUCCUUCUCAAAGAUGAACUGGAGAAAAUAAAACAACUGCACAGAUGUCCGGAUCUCUCUGACUUCCAGCAGAAGAUUUCUAGUGUUCUAAGCUACAAUGAAAAACUGCUUGAAGAAAAGGAAGCUCUAAGUGAAGAAUUAAAUGGCUGUGUUGAUAAGUUGGCAAAAUCAAGUGUUUUAGAGCACAGAAUUGCUACUAUGGAGCAGGAACAGAAGUCUUGGGAACACCAAAAUGAAAGCUUAAAGUCACAGCUAGUGGCUUCACAGGAAAAAGUUCAGAAUUUAGAAGACACCCUGCAGAAUGUAAACCUGCAAAUGUCCCAGAUUAAAUCUGACCUGCGAGUGACUCAGCAGGAAAAGGAGGCUUUAAAACAAGAAGUGAUGUUGUUACACAAGCAACUUCAGAAUGCUGGUGACAAGAUUUGGGCUCCAGAAAUAGCCACCUAUCCAUCAGGAUUCCAUAACCAACAGCAAAUGCUGUCUUGGGACAAGUUGGAUUACCUGAUGAAUGAGGAACAACAGCUGCUUUGGCAAGAGAAUGAGAGACUCCAAACAGUGGUCCAGAACACCAAAGCAGAACUCAUACACUCCCGGGAGAAGGUCCGUCAACUGGAGUCCAACCUUCUUCCUCCUAAGCACCAAAAACAUCUGAACUCAUCAGGUACUGUGAAGCCCACAGAGCAGGAGAAGUUGAGCUUAAAGAGAGAGUGUGAACAGUUUCAGAAGGAACGAUCUCCUACUACUAGGAAAGCAUACCUUGGAGGUAUUGCGGGUUCAGUUCCAGACCACCACAAUAAAGUUAGUCAGAUGAAUUCCCUUGAACGAGAAUUUGAAACAAUUCAUUUGGAAAAUGAAGGCCUGAAAAAGAAACAAGUAAAACUGGAUGAGCAGCUAAUGGAGAUGCAGCGCCUGAGGUCCACUGCGAUGCUUAGCCCAUCCCCUCAUGCUCGGGAUCUGCCGCUGCUCCAGCAGCAAGUCUGUCCGAUGGUUCCCAGGGAGCAGUUUCUGCAGCUUCAACACCAGCUGCUGCAGGCAGAAAGGAUAAACCAAUGUCUGCAGGAGGAACUUGAAAACAGGACUUCUGAUACCAACACACCACAGGAAAACCAGGAACACCUGGUAACUGUCAUGGAGGAACGAAUGAUGGAAGUUGAACAGAAGUUGAAGCUGGUGAAAAGACUUCUUCAGGAGAAAGUGAAUCAGCUCAAAGAACAACUCUGCAAGAAUACUAAAGCAGAUGCGAUGGUGAAGGAUCUGUAUGUUGAAAAUGCCCAGUUGUUGAAAGCUCUGGAAAUGACUGAACAGCGACAAAAAACAGCAGAAAAGAGAAAUUACCUCCUAGAAGAGAAGAUUGCCAGCCUCAGUAAUAUAGUCAGGAAUCUGACACCAGCACCACUGACUUCUACACCUCCCUUGAGGUCAUAGCCAAGCCAAAGGAUACACUCAAGAGUUGUGCACUUUACUGAAAUGGAUGGAACAUUUCAGUAUGUUCUUUCAAACUUCUUUUUUUUUUUUAAAGAACUUUGAUGGCUUAAAGUUAAGCCUGACCUAAAACUUCCAGCAACAGAAUUAAAGCCUCUAUUCACUGUAAUUAGUUUUCCUAAAUAGACUAUAAUGGGAGUUGCAAAUAAAUACAUAUUUCACUGUUUGAAUUAUUCCCAAGCUUUGAAUUUUAAAAGAUAUUCUAAUAGCCAUCCAAGAAGGUGAUAUGAAAAGAACUCAAGAAUAUUAAGACCCUAGUUUUGAAUGAGUUUUAAAAAAAUCACUCUUAUGUACAAAUUAUCAUCUACAAAUUGCAGAUAUUUUAAAUUUGAGGUAUUAUUAGUUAGUUGUUUUAAUCUUUAUUCUAAAACCAAACGUUGUGUCUUCUCACGUAUUUAAACAUGGAAAAGUCAUUCUGUUUCUAAUAGUUUUGGUUUUUUGAGUUAAUUGGUAGACUUUCUGUUUGGUUACAGAAGCUGGGCUCAAUAACCACUGAGAUCAGAAAAGCCGGAGCCCACAGAACUCUACCCGCUAGCACCGAUGACAGUAUUACCACUCUUGAUGUAUUACAGAUAUAAAACCGAUUUGCUCAGCUGCACUGUUAACUAAUGUUAAAACUUUACUUUCUUUUCAUAGCCUUUUUUCCCCCCUUCUUAGAAAUUUCAUUUGGGAGUUUGUCUUCUCAGAAAUGGAUAAAGCCACAUUCUUAAAGCAUUUGAACUACAGGGUAAGCACUGAACAAACUGCUUUGGAGUAAACAGCCACUCCUAGAAAAGAGAGAAGCAAACCAUGUGGGUUUUUCUCUCUCUAAAGUCUUGGAGUUCAUGAACUUACAUUUGGGGUUGCCUCAACAACUCAGGGAACAAUACUUUAAGCUGUCUUCCUGAAAUACUGUAGGGCCUCUUUAAAGAAUUUGAAAUGUAUAAACCAUGUGACCUUAUUUAUUUGUCUUAUAUUUAGAGCCAUAGUGGGAUUUUUAUUUCUAAAUUUUUAGUGAAUUUAAUCUUCUGGAAAAAAGCCUUGAUUAAACUCUAAAGAGUUUAAAAGCUGUUCUAAAAUAUAGAAGAAUUAUUAUUUGCUUGUUUGUUUAAUAUGGGUCAAGAUUUCCAUGCUUCCUAUUCCUCUGCACCUCAGAUCUGAUAAGAAUUUCUAACUUGAUAAGCACUGGCAUGCCAUCUGAGGUAAAGGAGUCCCAAAUGGGAUCUUCCAUUCAGUCUCCCAGAAUGUUACAGAACAGUAAACAUUUGGAUAACUUUUUUUUCCCCCCAAAUAAAAUCUCGUCCUCUAGCCCACCACAGCCAACAGUUGGUAGAGUACUUACUAUGUGUGGGACACAAACAGAGCUUAUCACAGCCACCUAUUUGUUUUGGUGGAAGAGUAAUUAAUCACAAAACUUCACUUUGAUGCAUUCCAGGAAAGCCAAGCGCAUCGAUUGGUAAGAGGUAUGACAGCAAAAUCAAACACUGCUGUAUGGGCAGGAACAAAAGAAGCAAACUGCUUAAGAAGUCAUGUCAAAAACUCUCUCUACAAAAUAAUUUGCACUAAGGAACUUUAGAAUUCCUCAGGCCUAACCAUCUAUUAGUCCCACCUGCCAACACAGGAGUCCUUGCUACCAGGGCCCUGACAAGGCAUGACCAUUUGUGGGACUGGGAGAUCAUAAUCAAGAAGCAGACUUUUUCAUUUUUGGACAGUUCUAUUGUCAGAAAUUCCGGAUUUUCCCCUGGAAAAGAACUAAUUUUAACCCUUUCCUAUAAUUACACUUCCAAACAUUUGUUGUCUGCUAUCAUGCCUUCCCUGAUCUUUCUUCAGUGCAAACAUUACUAGUAACCUCAACGACUUGUGUGGCAUUGACUUUAACAGAGAAUCUUUUUCACUUAAAACUGUUGAUAUGCCUAGGUUAAGAUCAUAAAUAAACUAAAUUAUCUGUACUGUACUUAUGUGAUAUGCUUUAAGUUACUCGAGGUUUUUGCCAUCAGAACUGAACAUCAAGCAUAUUUCUCAAAUAGAUUGCUUAGCCUAUGAUCAUAUGUUAUAUUUUUUAUUUUUAUUUUUUACAUUAUGAAAAGUGUAGGUUAAUUUGUUUAUUUCUUAUAAAUUUGUAUUUAUGUGUAUAUAAGAUGUUGUACAAUAAAUGUAAAUAUGACUUCUGGAAAGUUUUAGACUACAUUUAGAGUCCCUUUAUCCAAAAGCAAAAUGCUGCUCAAAUGAAAGUUAAUUUAACUAACGUCUCGGUGCUUACUUCUUGCUUUACUGCACUCAUAAGAUUGGGAAAAAGAUCAACAUGAGAAAUAGAGUUACCUUAAAUUUAUACAUUUGUGCAGCAGAUUACUUUUGUAGACUAGUUUAGAGUGGGAAUUUAACUGGCAACUUAGAAUAUAGCUUACAGCUUUUAAAAGACCUUUUAAAGAAAUUAAACUAUUAAAUGUUUAGAUUUUGCUUUCAGACUUUAUAAUAGAACUCUUUAAAAUCACAAGUUAUGUCUUAUUUCAUAGGCAUUUAACUCCUUGUUCAUUAAAAAGUACUGGUUCCUUAAAUUCUCUUCAUUUCUUAAGAACAGUUACUUAGUCUUAGAAGAUAGAAUCUUCAUUUCAAGGAAAGAGAAUCAAGUUUGCCUUUGUGAUAAUGUUACCCUUAGAAAAGGAAAAUGUAGAUAAAACCUAGAUUGUUCUAUUUGCUUUCUUCUGCUUUUUAGAAGCCUGAACUCUUAUGCUUAAACCUGUGAAGGGAGAGAAGUAGAAGGAGAGGGGUAGAACCAAACAUAGUAUUUUAUUUAUUUUUCUAAAAUUUAAUAAACCCAGAUUUUAAAAACUAUUUUAAAUAUGAAUUCUUCCCAGAAGCUUCAAAUGCAUUGUUCAUGUAUUUAACCUUAAACAUAUUUUACAUAAAUAGAUCACAAAGUCAUAGGCUUUCCAAGUAUAGAAGGAGUUCUCACAGGUCUAGUAUUUCAAUAAUGUACAAAUACCAAGGGCAGGAUUUCUGUUUUUUGAAGAAUGAAUAAGACUUUAUGAUGGAUUUAACAUGUGAAAAUGAGUUUCUCAUUUUUGUGAUUUUUUUUUUUCUGAGCGAAGGAAAAGAGAAAUAAAUGUGUUGAUAUUGUCAGCAUUUUCAAGGCAAGGCUAAGUGCUUUGUAAUAGUAUUAAGCAAGCUUUGUUUUGAACAGAUAACCUAAUAAUUCAUUGGAAUGAUAUGUAAGUAACGCCAAAGCUAAGUCAAAACCUAAUAACCGAAGCAUUCCUUAUUUAAAACUUAUUCAUUGUAUCAUGUUUGGACUUAUCUGAACACCUCAGCACUCUAAAAUAGUUUUGGUUUUAUGACAUAUGUAUAGCUGUUUAUUAAUAAAUACAAGUUAGCUUUUUGUUUCUUAGAUUUUUUUGAAUAAGUUAUAUCUAUUCUUAUGAGAAGACAUUAUCACAUUGGGGACAUUGAUUUUGUGAAGGAAAACCUGAGUUUAUCUAAAGCCAUCACUAGGAUUCUUUUCAUGUAAAGAUUAAUGUGUAUGUGUUUAUAUCAACUUUGUAUAUUUCCUAUUAGCCAUUCUGUCCUAGAUAUAUUUUACCAAGAGCUUAAAAUGUAAAUAAAUAAUUUUGUAAACA